CGUAACGUGUCCUGUCCCUCCUUCCCUCCGACUUUCGUUUCUGAUUUUCUUCCAAAUAGCCAUAUCCUCGGCCUGCAAAAAGAAAACAGCUUCUUCUCAGAGACGAGAUGGCGGAAGAAUCACUUUCUCCUCCUCGCAUUCGGCUUAUGAAUUUCGUUUCCCAAGAACAGUUGGAGGAAGCUAAGAAAACGAGAGGAGAGAGACCUGAAGACGGCACCGCUCAGAGAGAUAGACCCCUCUUUGAGAUAUUAAAGGAGAAUAAAGACAAGAAAGAUGCAGAAUUCAAUGAGCGGUUCAAGCAUAGACCACCCAAAGCUCUGGAUGAGGACGAGACUGAAUUUCUAGAAAAUUUGGAGAUGUCAAGGAAGGAAUAUGAGCAGCAGAUGGCAAAUGAAGAAGCCCAACAACUUCGGAAUUUCCAAGAAGCAGUUGCAGCCCAGUCUUCCCUUGUGUAUGAGCUAAAAGAAACACCUGCUCCCAGAGUUGAGGAACCAAAGCCAGUUGAGAGGAAGAACCGCCAAGCACGCCCAUUGGGAGGCAUGAUUAUAACGGUUAAGCCACAAGCAAAGAAGGCCAAAACAGAGGUGUCGAGUUCCGAGAAACCUUUGAACAUGGCAAAACCAUCAAAUGGUGCACUAGGGAAGUCCCAAGAUAUCAAUAAUGGGGCACUCGGCGGUCUGGUGUCAUACAGUGAUGAAAGCGAUGAAGAUGACAGUUAGAACUUUUUUAUUUUUUUUUGAUAUGUAGUUGUCUCCCAGCCUAUUUUUAUUAAGGAACUCCUGUAACCAGCACAUUUAAUUUCAAAAUCUUGAAAUCAUUCCCUCACCCACUUGAAAGGUGGCAUAUUCACAAGAGCUCGGGUUAUGUAUA